UCAUUACACUCAACGCGCAGACAGAACCAAUCGAUCUCACACAGCAGCGGAUCCCCGAGCAGCAAACCUUCCUGACGUUGAACCCACAGCAGGUCCCACCCGGUCCACCCGGAGCUUCCAGCCAUGGUCUUCGAGUCUCUGGUCAGCGACCUGCUAAACAGGUUCAUCGGAGACUACGUGGAGAACCUGGACAAGUCCCAGCUCAAGAUCGGGAUCUGGGGGGGAAAUGUAGUUCUGGAGAAUCUGAAGGUGAAGGAGAACGCGCUGAGCGACUUCGAUGUCCCAUUUAAAGUGAAGGCGGGACAGAUCGGGAAACUGACGCUGAAGAUCCCCUGGAAGAACCUGUACAACGACGCCGUGGUCGCCACGCUGGACGGACUGUACCUGCUGGUUGUCCCCGGAGCCACGAUAAAGUACGAUGCAGCGAAGGAGGAGCGCUACCAGCAGGAGGCGAAGCAGAGGGAGCUGCAGCGUAUCGAGGAGGCGCUGCAGACGGCUGCACGCAGAGCGUCUCAAUCUGGAGAUCUGCUGUUCAGCCUGGAGAGGGUUGUUUACAAGGGGGCUCCCAACGUCUCCAAAGGAAGUAAAAAACACAAAAAGCCUAUAAAAGGCUUGAGGAAGCUGAAACGCCAUGACAACAAAGCAGGUAAGGGUGGCCGGGCCUUCAGGUUCUCUCGGUGCUGCCUGAUGUUGGACCAGCACCACAUUUGGAUGGAGCGCCGGACCUGCACCUCCAGGACGCUGUUACAGGCGUACCUCCACCUGGCAGGGCCAGAGAUCAGGGUUAAGACUCAGAGAUCAGGGUCAGAGAUCAGGGGGGCGUUCUUCACCAUGCAGUCCACCGACUCCAGCAGCUCCAGCAGGCUUAGGCCGAAGUCCUGGACCUCCAGGUGCAGCCUGGCUGUCUGUCUACCUGUCUGUCUACCCUUCUACCUGGGCCUUGGUGAUCUCCAGGCCGAUGUCCUGGACCUCCAGGUGCAGCCUGGCUGUCUGUCUACCUGUCUGUCUCUCUACCUGGGCCUUGGUGAUCUCCAGGCCGAUGUCCUGGACCUCCAGGUGCAGCCUGGCUUUGGGACUCUGGAGCUCGAGCUCAGCCGGUCCGGUUUGGACGACCUGAUGACGGCUGCGGAGAAAGAGAAACUCUACACGGCCAUCGGCUACAGCGGCAGCUCCCACAACCUGGCUCUGCCAAAACAGUACGUGUCGGUGGUCGUCUCCUUCCAGCUCUGCAGGACCUCUGUGACCAUCAGGGACCAGCCCCACAUCCCCGAGAUCCUGAAGAUCCAGAUCAUAGACCUGAGCACCAGGAUCUCCCAGAGACCAGGAGCACAGGCCCUCAGGGUGGAGGUGACGCUGCAGCACUGGUUUGUUACCGGUUUACAGCAGCGGGGGGCUGAGCCUGGGGGGGGGCAGGGGGGGGCUUUGCCCUCCCUCAUCGCCUCCCUCGGGGACUCUACUACUUCUCUGCUCAGCGUGGUGUUCGAGCUGAACCCCGAGGAGGGGGGCGCCGACCAGCUGCUCCGGGUCCAGUCCCAGCCGGUGGAGCUGAUCUACGAUGCGCUGACGGUGAACAGCCUGGCCGACUUCUUCCACACCGGGGGGGGGCUGGACCUGGACGUCCUGGCGUCGGCAACGCGCUCCAAACUAGAGGAGAUCAAAGAGAAAACUGCUGCAGGUCUGUCUCACAUCAUUGAGACCAGGAAGGUCCUGGACCUGAGAAUCAAUCUGAAACCGUCCUACCUGCUCAUCCCAAAGUCUGGUUUCUAUAGCGAAACGUCAGACCUCAUCGUCGUGGACUUUGGCAGCUUACAGUUGACCAGUGUGGAGCAGUGUGUAUCUUCCCCCUCCUCGUCUCUGGAGGAGAUCAUGGAUCGAGCCUACGAGAGAUUCAACGUGGAGUUACGACGAGUUCAGGUUCUCUACAGCAAAUCAGGUACAGACACACACACAGACAUGGUCGAGUGUGACUCUGCGCAGGUAAGCGGCGACGCUCAGGUCGGAGCUCCGCCUCUUCCCUUCAGCUCCCAGCUGACAGACGCUGAGAGACAGAACGGUCUUCUCCAGGUCCUCCUGCCGGUACCUGAACACACCAGUCACCCACAGCACCUGAACGCACCACGGGAGCAGGUCACAUGGGGACUAACUAACCUCUUUGACCUCGACCUUGAAGUGAAGGUCGGUGAGGUCGUGGAUCUCCGAGCGCUGCAGCUCGUCGUCAGGAGACUUCUCGCUGCCGUCAUCGUCCGAAGCAGCGGCAGCUCCCCCGACACCUUGAACCUGACACAGAAGAAAUGUCUCAGGGACAAGCACAUGUCCCCAGGUAAGACCUACCUGGACAUGUGUCCCCCAGGGAUCGAUGCGUCAGUGUUGGUGCAAGCCAAGAAGACUGAGGUGUUCGCUCGUCUCCGGGACAUCGUGGUCACAGAUGUCCACCCCACAACUGUCCACAGAAAGGCAGUGUCCAUUGUCGGCGAGGAGGUGUUCAGCUUCAACCUCUUGUUGUUUCCGGGGGCGACGCUGGGGGACGCUUACAGUGACACGUCGAGGACGGACGGGAAGCUGACGCUGCGUCUGGGCUGCAUCCAGAUUGUCUACCUGCACAAGUUCCUCAUGUCUCUGCUGGCGUCUUUUAGCUUUCAGUCUGCUGAUGAGGUGUUCGUGGAUAACUUCCAGGCGGCCAAAGCGGCGGUGAGCGCGGCGACGGUCCAGGCGGCGGAGAAGGCGGCGUCCAGCGUGCGCGGUCUGGCCCAGAAGAGCUUCCGUCUGUCCAUGGACAUCAGGCUGAAAGCUCCGCUCAUCAUCAUCCCCCAGUCCUCCAGCUCCCACAAUGCACUGGUGAUGGACCUAGGGCUCCUCACGGUGGCCAACAGCUUCUCUCUGCUGUCGGCCGACGGCUUCGCGCUGCCCGCCGUCGUCGACCAGAUGGAUGUGCAGCUCACGCAGCUCAAACUCUCCAGGACAACGCUGAUGCCGCGGAGCUCCGCCCACCUCGACAUCCAGAUGCUGCAGCCAAUUAACUUGGAGCUUUCCGUCACCAGGAACCUGUCUACUUCCUGGUUCACCCGGAUCCCCGGAGUCCAGGUCCAGGGAGAGCUGCGCUCCCUUAAUAUGAGUCUGGGUGAGGAAGACCUUGCGGUGCUGAUGAAGAUCCUGGUGGAGAACAUCGGGGAGGGAAGCAGAGACAUUAGAAGGGACGCCCCGAGACACCCCACUCAAGAGAAGCAGCAGGUUGAGGUGUUACCUGGCCGAGAGUUGGCGUCUAACCAUAACGAAGCUCCGCCCGAAAACACCGUCAACGUUCUGCUCAACUUUGAAAUAAAAGAGGUGCUGCUGACCCUGACGAAGCCCAGAGACCAGGUCCAGGUGCCGUUCCUGGUCUUUCAGGUGGCUCACUUGGGCAUCAACACGCAGGUGAAGCAGUACGACAUGGUCGCCACGACCUUCAUCAACAGGAUUGCCAUGAAGUGCCUGGAGUUCAAAGACUCGAGAGGCGAGCCGUUGUGUCUCAUCAGCUCGUCGGGGGAGGCCGGGGCCGAGCUGCUCAAAGUGCAGUACUUCAAGGCCGACUGCUCGGCGCCCGACUUCUCGUCGGUCUACAACAACACGGAGCAGAGGAUCAACGUGAUGUUUAUGUCUCUCGACCUUCUCCUCCACACUGAGGCUCUGCUGUCGACCAUCAACUUCCUGUCGGCGGCGUUGUCGUCCGGCGGUGAGACGUCUCCGGAGAGAGACGCCAGACCCAGGAAAGAGAGGACGUCCAAAUCCACCACCGUGACAUCACCUGCUAAGAGUGACAUCAUUGACCUGAAGGUGAUGAUGUCACUGGGAGCCUUCAACGUGCUGGUGUGUGACCAGAGCUGCAACAUGGCCGACAUCAAGAUCCAAGGGAUUCAUGGCUCUCUUCUGAUGCAAGGAACCCAGACUCACAUCUCCGCGCGCCUCAGAGACUUCAUCAUUCUCAACGUCGACCCCAAAAGCAUCCACAAAAAGGCGAUCUCCAUCGUGGGGGACGAGGUGUUCAGCUUCUCAUUGAGUCUGACGCCCAAAGCCACCGACGGCGCUGGCUACGCCGACACGUCUCGGUCCGACGGCCGGGUGAAGCUCAACGUGGGCUGCAUCCAGGUGGUCUACCUGCACAAGUUCUUCAUGUCUCUGCUGAACUUUGCAGACCACUUCCAGGCGGCCAAAGCGGCGGUGAGCGCGGCGACGGUCCAGGCGGCGGAGAAGGCGGCGUCCAGCGUGCGCGGUCUGGCCCAGAAGAGCUUCCGUCUGUCCAUGGACAUCAGGCUGAAAGCUCCGCUCAUCAUCAUCCCCCAGUCCUCCAGCUCCCACAAUGCACUGGUGAUGGACCUAGGGCUCCUCACGGUGGCCAACAGCUUCUCUCUGCUCAGCGUGGACGGAUACCCGCUGCCCGUCGCCGUCGACGACACGCACGUGCAGCUCACGCAGCUCAAACUCUCCAGGACCUUCCUGGACCUGGUCUCGGAGCAACCCGGGGCCGAGCUGCUGGAACCAGUCAACCUGCAGCUGAACAUCAGGAGGAACCUCGCAGCUUCCUGGUAUCACAAGAUGGUCGCCAUGGAGAUCAAUGGAGAUCUGAAGCCCAUGAAGGUGGAGUUGAGUCAAGAGGACCUGGCGGUGCUGCUGAGGAUCAUGACGGAGAACCUGGGCGAGGCCAGCGGUCUUGACCCCCCUGCCCCGAGACCGGACUCUGGUCUGCAGCUCCGCGUGGCCGGAGCCCCCCCCACAGGUGAGGGGGGCAAGCCCCCUGGGACCAGUGAUGCAGACGAGGACGAAGCUCUGGUGACGAUGCAGUUUAACUUCAACAUCAAGUCUCUGGCUCUGGUUCUGUUCAGCAACGCCCCCCAACAGCUUGCGCACCCCCAGCGCCAGCAGAACCUGCGUUUGGGAGAGUUGGCGCUGCACCAGCUGAAAACCUCGGGGAAGAUCCUGAGGGACGGCAGCAUGGAGGUGACGGCCGUCCUCCACAGCUGCACCCUGGAGGACCUGAGGACAGGCCUGGACCGGGUCACCUCACGGAUGGUGGGUCGGCGAGACGAGGACUCCCCCGAGGCGAUGAUGGACGUGACGUACCGGCAGAGCGCCACCCAGCGGGACGUGGUGGCUAUCCUGCAGAAACUCUACCUGUGUGCCAGUGUGGAGUUCCUUAUGGCCGUGGCCGACUUCUUCCUCCAGGCUCUGCCGCAGAGCCAGACCGGCACCGCCGGCAAACUGAGACAGAACGCCACUGCCGGCUUGGCAGAGAGCGACAGACUGCCACUGAGACAGACCACCGAGCCCCGAGCCAAUGCCAAGCCCGUGUCGGCGGUAAGGACCCGUCUGCGGGCGGUGGUUCUGGACCCGGAGGUGGUGUUCGUGGCGAGCCUGAUGAAGGCCGACGCCCCCGCCCUCACCUCCUCCUUCCAGUGUAACGUGUCGCUGCAGGACGAGCCGGACGGCAGUAAGAGCAUGAGGGCCAACCUGCGGGAGGUGAAGGUGCUUGCCUGCCGCUUCAUCCGGGACAAGGACGACCAAGCUGUCACCACCGUGUUAAGACCCUGCUCGGUCACCAUGGAGACCAGAUCCCACCCUAACCAACCCCUGAGUGGCUGUGUGACGGUAGAGGAAGUCAUCGUCAAGAUCUCUCCGUUCAUCCUCAACACCGUGAUGACGAUAACGGCCGCCAUGACGGCGAAGCAGGGUGCCGAGCAGAGGGAGGAGCCGCAGGCGGACGUCAGUGACCUCUGGUCCGUCAUGAACAUCUACGGCUGCAACUAUUGGUUCCUGGGGGUGGACCCGGCCACCGAGGUCACUGAGACCUUCAGGGACCCGGACGGGCGCAGCGAGGGUGAGACGUUCACCGCCGAGGUCAAGGUGGUCCAGGUGACUCUGGAAUCUGGUUUUGGUCACCGGACGGUCCCCUUGCUGCUCGCUGAGUCCACCUUCAGAGGAUCGGCCCAGAACUGGUCCUCCCUGCUGCAACUCAGAGCCGACAUGUCACUGGAGGUGAACUACUUUAACGAGGUCCAGGCGGUCUGGGAGCCGCUGAUUGAACGGGUGGACGCUGGCAGACGCCGAUGGAACCUGGAGCUCGAGAUGAAGAACCACCCCAUCAUGGACAGAAGUCCCGUCCACGGAGACGACUUCGUUAUUCUUCCUGAACCAUGCACGGCCGUCAGCGUCUGCUCCAAAGACACCAUGAACAUCACAGUGUCCCAGUGCAGCCUCAGCGUCCUGCACAACCUGGCCAAGGCGUUCUCCGAGAGUACAGACUCCACCUUUGACUCGUCUCUGAGAGAAAAAGCCCCGUUCACCAUCCGGAACUGUCUGGGGGUUCCCGUGGCGGUACAGCUAAGCACCAACCUGCGGCCGGUGCCGGAAUCGAUCCUGCAGCUGCCGGUGGGACACAGCAUGAACCAGGACCAGGACCAGGAAUCAAUCCUUCAGCUGCCGGUGGGACACAGCAUGAACCAGGACCAGGACCAGCAAUCGAUCCUGCGGCUCCCGGCGGGACACAGCGUAGACCUGCAGCACUCGUCGUAUGAACCAGCAUCCCGGGGAAAACUGUCCGCUCUGCAGCGGCAGGAGAGCCGCAUGUUCAACCUCAGCAUCGUUCCCUCCGGCUACAGUGAGAUCUCCAGUGUCUCCGUGGACAGACCGGGUCGCGUCCUCUUUACCGUCCGUAGUCCUGAGGACGCUGUGUCCGUCCUGCUGCAGGUGGACGCCGCCGAAGGGGACAAGGUCGUCACCCUGCGCUCCGCCCUGCAGAUAAUGAACCACUUCUCAGUACCGUUCACCGUGCUCCGGUACUGUCCUGUGUCCCGGUGUCUCCAGACCGUAGGACAGGCCGAGCCGGAGACAGAGUUCCAUGUCACCUUGGAAACUUACAGGAACUCGGCUGAGUCGUACGACGUCCAGGAGGGCAGCAAGUCGGACCUCCUGAACGCCCGUGUCUCUGGAGAGAUUCUGUCCCUGGCCCUGAUCAGGUACCAGGGCCGAGACUGGCAGGGACACCUCCGGAUCCAGCAGGACAUGCCCGAGUUCCUGUCCCUGUGUCUGGUCUGCGACUCGGACGCGAGCAUGACCCUGGACCUGAACGUCCACGUGGCGAGGACCUCCGGACGCUUGCUGCUGUCCCUCUUCAGCCCGUACUGGAUCAUCAACAAGACCUCCCGGGUCCUGCAGUACCGGGCCGAGGACUUCAGUGUCAAGCACCCCGCGGACUACCGGGACAUUGUCCUCUUCUCCUUCAGGAAGAAGAACCUCUUCAGCAAGAGCAAGAUCCAGCUCUGUGUGUCCACCAGUUCCUGGUCUGAUGGUUUCUCUCUGGACACCGUGGGGAGUUACGGCUGCGUUCGCUGUCCCUCCAACAACAUGGACUUCUUGGUGGGUGUAAGGAUCCAGAUGAGCAAUUUUAACCUGACCAGGAUCGUCACCAUGAGUCCGUUCUACACUCUGGUCAACAAGUCAUUGUAUGAGCUGGAGGUGGGCGAGGUCAGCACCCAGACCCCCACCCAGACCCCCAUCCAGACCCACACCCGCUGGCACUACAUCUCCUCUACAGAGUGCCUCCCUCUCUGGCCCGACAGCAGUUGUGAGAAGUUGUGUGUCCGUGUGGUCGGAUCUGAGUCCUCGUCCAAGUCCUUCUUCUUCAACCGGCAGGACAACGGCACCCUGCUGAGCCUGGACACGUGCGGGGGGGUCAUGGUGGACGUUAACAUCUCUGACCUCUCAACAAUCAUCAGCUUCACUGAUUACUACGAAGGAUCCGCUCCAGCCCUGCUGCUAAACCACACCCCCUGGGUUUCUGUCAGCUACAGACAGAGCGGCUCGGCGGUGGAUCACCAGCUGAAGCCCGGUGAGGCUCGGCGGUUUGCGUGGGACGACCCGGCCGGGGUCCGGACCCUCAGCUGGACCUGCAGGGACCACUCUGGAGAACUGGACCUGCUAAAGGACGAGGUGGGUCAGUUCUCGUACGACAGCCUGUCCCAGGUCCACUGGGUGUCCUUCCUCGACGGACGCCAGCGGGUGUUGUUGUUCACGGAGGACGUUGCCGUGGUGACGAAGGCCCGGCAGGCCGAGGAGCUAGAGCAGUUCCAACAGGAAGUCAAGGUGUCUCUGCAGCACCUGGGCCUGUCCCUGGUCAACAACGCCACACGCCAGGAGAUCGCUUACAUCGGCAUCCCCAGUUCUGGGGUAGUGUGGGAGAUGAAGCCUAGGAACAGAUGGAAGUCUUUCAGUCAGAAGAACAUCGACCUGCUAGAGAAAACCUUCCAGAGUCAGAAGAGAGGCUGGGUCACACUGGAGAGUAACCUGGAGGUGAACCUGAGCGACGCCAUCAUGAUGAUGCGUCGACCCAUUUCCUGUCCGGUGAGGAGGAACUUCCUGUCUGGGAUACAGGUGGAGUUCAAGCAGUCACCGCACCAACGCUGUCUGAGAGCCCAGCUACACUGGCUGCAGGUUGAUAACCAGUUGCCCGGAGCGAUCUUCCCGAUCGUUUUCCAUCCAGUUCCUCCACCGAAAUCCAUCGCCCUUGACUCAGAGCCGAAGCCGUUCAUUGAUGUGUCCGUCAUCACCCGUUUCAACCGCCACAGCAGCGUCAUGCAGUUCAAGUACUUCAUGGCUCUGGUUCAGGAGAUGGCGGUGAAGAUCGAUCAGGGUUUCCUGGCGGCCAUCUUGGCUCUGUUCACCCCGGCUGCUGAUCUGCACACCGACCGACAGAAGUCGCGGCUACUGGAGCGAGAUCUGCAGCUGCUGCAGACGGAGCUGACGGAGGCGUCUCUCACCGACUCGUCAGGACUCAGCUUCUUCCAACAUUUCCACAUCUCUCCCAUCAAGCUCCAUCUGAGCUUGUCUCUGGGCUCCGGCGGCGAUGAGGAUUCGGCGGCGGAGACGGCGGCGCUGCAGUCUCUCAACCUGCUGCUGAAGAGCAUCGGCGCCACGCUGACUGACGUCGAUGACCUCAUCUUCAAACUGGCGUUCUUUGAGGUUCGGUACCAGUUCUACCGCAGAGACAAGCUGAUGUGGGCGGUGAUCCGACACUACACUGAACAGUUCCUGAAGCAGAUGUAUGUCCUGGUUCUGGGUCUGGACGUCCUGGGAAAUCCUUUCGGACUCAUCAGAGGUCUGUCAGAGGGAGUGGAGGCCUUCUUCUACGAGCCGUUCCAGGGAGCUGUUCAGGGUCCCGAGGAGUUUGCUGAAGGUUUUGCGAUUGGAGUCCGCAGCCUGCUGGGCCACACUGUCGGCGGCGCUGCCGGCAUGGUGUCACGGAUCACCGGCUCGGUGGGGAAGGGGCUGGCAGCCAUCACUAUGGACAGAGACUUCCAGCAGAGACGGAGGGAGGAGAUGAACCGCCCGCCACGCGACUUCGGAGAGAGUCUGGCUAAAGGAGGAAAAGGACUGCUGAAGGGAGUCGUGGGCGGAGUCACCGGCAUCGUCACCAAGCCUGUGGAGGGAGCCAUGAAGGGGGGGGCGGCUGGCUUCUUUAAAGGCAUCGGGAAGGGUCUGGUGGGGGUGGUUGCCCGGCCGACCGGCGGCAUCGUGGACAUGGCCAGCAGCACCUUCCAGGGCAUCCAGAGAGGCCAUGAAAGAGCGGCGGAGUCGACAGAGGAAGUGACCAAACUGCGUCCGGUGCGUCUGAUCCGAGAAGACGGGAUCAUCCGACCCUACGACCUGACGGAGUCGCAGGGCUUCGACCUCUUCCAGCCUGAUGAGGAAUUAACGGAUCAACGUGAUUCAUUCUGAAUCAGUUCACUCCUUCAUUCCUCAUCCUUUCAUCCCUAGGACUAGUUGACUCCUUCAUUCCUCAUCCUUUCAUUGUUAAGACUAGUUCACUCCUUCAUGCCUCAUCCUUUCAGCCUUUCACCCCUAGGACUAAUUCACUCCUUCAUUCCUCAUCUUUUCAUCCUUACAUCCUUACAUCCUUACACCCUUUCAUUCUUACAUCCUUACAUCCUUUCA